AUGGUGGCGCGGGCCUUCAUCUUGUUGGCACUCUUUGCAGAAGCCUCCACGAAAUCAUGCAUUCCAAAUAAAGCAGAUGUCAUCCUUGUGUUUUGUUACCCCAAAACCAUCAUCGCUAAAAUCCCUGAGUGCCCCUAUGGAUGGGAAGUACACCAGCUGGCACUCGGGGGUGUGUGUUACAAUGGGGUCCAUGAAGGGGGCUACUACCAGUUCGUCAUCCCAGACCUAUCACCCAAGAACAAAUCCUACUGCGGCACUCAGUCAGAGUACAAGCCCCCUAUCUACCACUUCUACAGCCACAUCGUGUCCAACGACAGCACAGUGGUUGUGAAGAACCAGCCUGUCAACUAUUCCUUCUCCUGCACCUACCACGCGACCUACCUGGUGAACCAGGCUGCUUUUGACCAGAGAGUGGCCACUGUUCAUGUCAAGAAUGGGAGCAUGGGCACAUUUGAAAGCCAGUUGUCCCUCAACUUCUACACUAACGCCAAGUUUUCCACCAAGAAAGAAGCUCCUUUCAUUCUGGAAACAUCAGAAAUUGGUUCCGACCUGUUCGCAGGAGUAGAGGCCAAAGGGCUAAGCACUCGGUUUAAAGUAGUCCUGAACAGCUGCUGGGCCACCCCCUCAGCUGACUUCAUGUACCCCUUGCAGUGGCAGCUGAUCAAUAAAGGCUGCCCCACUGAUGAAACGGUCUUCGUGCAUGAAAACGGCAAGGACCACAGGGCAACUUUCCAAUUCAAUGCCUUCCGGUUCCAGAACAUCCCCAAACUCUCCAAGGUUUGGUUACACUGUGAGACAUUCAUCUGUGACAGCGAGAAGCUCUCCUGCCCAGUGAACUGCGACAAACGGAAGCGGAUGCUGCGUGAGCAGACAGGGGGUGUCCUGGUGGUGGAGCUGUCCUUGCCGAGCAGGGGACUCUCCAGCCUCUGUGACUUCUCAGGUGUUCUUUAUCACCUCAUCCUGAUGCUGGGUAUCUGCGCUGUGCUAUAG